UUUGUACUUGGUUUUCAGCUCGUUCUUGUGGCGGCUCUCGUGGCUUGUGCAAGUGCAGGAAUAGUGCCGGCCAGCUACGCCGAAGAACAACCGAUCGCUCACGCCGCGCCCCUGGCCUACGCAGCUGCGCCCGUCGCCUACACCAGACAGGUGGAGGCCGAGCCCUACGACCCGAACCCGCAGUACAACUACGGCUACGACGUGCAGGACCCCAACACCGGCGACUACAAGAGCCAACAGGAGAGCCGCAGCGGCGAUCAGGUCCGCGGCAGCUACUCCCUCCUCGAGGCCGACGGCACCAGACGCAUCGUCGAGUACACCGCCGACGACCACAACGGAUUCAACGCCGUCGUCCGCAAGGAGGGCACACCCCACAUCGCCCACGCCGCGCCGAUCGCCACCCACACCAGCUACGAAGCCGCCAUCCCAGCCGCCCACGCCGUCUCUUACGAAAGCCAAGAGCAGCACGCCAUUGCUUACCAGCAACAAUCUCACGGCUACGAAGCUCAAGUUCACGCGUCGCACGAGUACCAGCACUAA